UUUUUUUCCCCAUAAAACAGAGAUUAUCUCCUCAAAAAGGAUUUAUAGACAAAUAUGCUUAGAACAGCCUUUAAGAGAGAAAAAAACACUCACUCAAUCGGCCAAUCAAAAGGCUCCUUUUCCUUAGCUGGUAAAAGGUUCUCUUUUUUUGGCCAAUCAGAAGGCUCAUUUCAUUUGGUCAAUCAGAAGGCUCCUUUUAAAAAGCUCCAGUUUUCUCCAUUAGCUCUAAUAUGAAAAUGAAAGGAGGAUUUUCAGAAGAAACACAAACUGCUCUGUUUUUAACCAGUCCUAAUGAAGAAAUUUUGGGCGUCACAAACAAAGAAAUUAUAUCAACGUAUUCAGCAGAGUCUUGUGGUUCUCGCAAGCUCCUCGUCAUGGAGAUAGCAGUUUAGGAACACCAUCAAGUCGUAGUUUGAGAAUUUCUUCCUCAGCUUAAAGUCUGCUUUAAUGCUGCGUUCCAGUUGUACUCCGAAGUUAGGAUUUCCAUCUCCAAGUCAAAUUUAUCUGGAACGCCCCCCUGAAGCCGGAUUUCUGACUCGGAAAGUCGGACAAUCCUAGUCAACCCCGAUUUGACGACAAAGUCAUAAUCCAAGAUAGCAGCGCAGCGCAUCAACAGUAAAAAGUAACAGUAAAAGCUCUUGUAAUGUAUUAUAUAUAAGAACUUCUGUUUUGUUUUUGUGAAAUUAGAUAAGUGCGUUGCGGCUUCUCUCUUUUUUUUUUUUUUUUUGCAUUCUUUUUUUAUUUGCAGCAGUGGCGGUCCUCGGCCACCGUAAAUUUGGCAUCAUAAAGUAAACACACCAACCCCAGAAUGCUCAAAUUCUCACUCUACUUGCACUGCAGCUGGUGUUUGACGCUAUCGCUACGUUUGUCCUCUGCAGCACCCGUAGCCUGCGACAUUGAGUGACGUAGCACCCGAGGAGGAGUUCCUGUUAAUCCAAACAUCGACGAAUUCAACAUUUAGAGCUAUUUAUCGAUAACAGAUUCGUUAUACUCGGAUAUACUUUAUCAUUUAUUAACGACAUGGCUGCUCAGAAGAUAAACGAAGCUCACGAGCACAUAGCUAAAGCUGAAAAAUGGUGAGUUAUAGUAAAAAAUAGUCUGUUUUCCUCAGUUUGAUUUACUGAUGUUAGCAGGCUAAUGUUAGAAAGGCCACUGUGGCAUUUUUAUACCAGAUAAAAUUGAGUAUUUAUCAAUUUAUGGAUUGGUUGUGAUGAGGUAUGACGGACAUAGAAUGGGCCACAUGUUUGUGUUGUUUUGUUGCUGAUAAUAAACCAGGAUCAUGCAGGUUAUUUUUUCUCGCUCUGGUCGUUAAUAAACUGCGAAAUCAUCCUGUUUUUGUAGCCUGAAGACGAGUCUGACAAAGUGGAAACCUGAUUUUGACAGUGCUGCUUCAGAAUACGCCAAAGCAGGUAAUAGAUUGAACAAGUAUUUACCUUCUAAUUGACAUUUUUACUACGUUACAUUGUGCUGACUGUCCACCUCUGUCCUGUUCCAGCUGUGUGCUUCAAAAAUGCGAAGCAGUACGAACAGGCGAAGGAUGCUUACCUGAAGGAAGCUGAAUAUCACACAGAAAACAAGACGUAUCCUCCCUUUACUUACAGGUGUAUACUGUGACAGUGCUGUUUUUGAGUAGUAGGUCAUUUUCUUAACUCACCCUGCAGACUCUUUCAUGCUGCAAAGUAAGUAUCUCGCGUUAUCACCCUACUGCGACACAUAUACACCCUAAAAAAAGAAUCUAUUUAUUCCAUCUUCCUCCCUUUCCCUUUUCCUCAGGGCUAUCGAGCAAGCAGGGAUGAUGAUGAAGGUGAGUUUCAUCCUCAGUGUAAACAUCAGCCUGAUAAACAGGUAGUUGUAGGUUAAGCCUGUGCAGCAGAUUGUAAUUUUGUCAUGUGUGCGCUGCAACAGGAGCAAAAGAAGAUGCCAGAGGCCAUCCAGUACAUAGAGAAAGCCUGUAUGAUGUACAUGGAGAAUGGGACCCCUGACACUGCCGCCAUGGCGCUGGACCGGGCUGGAAAGUAAGAAACGCCAUCUUGUGCUAGUGCUAUGAUCUGGCACUGUGCCUUUUUUUUUUUAAGCUUGGAAGAAAAUCAGCUCAAGCUCAUGGACAACUAAGGCAGAUUUUCUUUGAAUCUAAAACUCCUUUUCUGUCUUUUAUUCCAGACUAAUUGAGCCCAUAAACCUGGAGAAAGCCGUGGACCUGUAUCAGAAGGCAGCUGGAGUGUUUGAGGUCAAAUUCAGCUCCCAAAACUGCUCACAAAUCAUUUUACUAAACGUUGAUUUCUUCAUUUAAAUAUAAACUCGCUCUUUCUCUGUGCAGAACGAGGACCGCCUACGUCAGGCAGUUGAACUCCUAGGAAAAGCCUCCAGACUUCUGGUUAGAUUAAAAAGGUAAAAGAAGGAAAGGAUACAUCAUGACUACUUCCUCAUGCUGCCAAAAUAUAGUGGCUGUGUUUUGAUUUGUUGUGGAAUCCUUUCAAGAUGGUGUUUGUGCUGACUUAGAGAAAGAAAAAGCUGAGCAAUGGAGACAGAAUUUUCCCAUGAACAGAUUUGUAAAAGCAUAUGUCCUCAGAUCGGUCCAUCCUUUAUGAGUAUUGUUAUGAAUGCAGCUAGCGACAGUCCCCACUUGCCAGGAGUUGUGGUCGCUGCACCCAAAAGGUAAAAAAACAUACCCAAAAGAAAAGAAAGAAAAUCCUCCCCGACUGUGAGCUGAGUGGUCAGCUAGAGGCGAAUCAGUGACAGUGGUGCUUACCUUCUUCUUGCCCGCCGAGCCCGUUCUUCAGCUCCCAUGAGCUGCCAGCCCCGUCUGGUGGGUUUCGUUCAGGGUUUUAGGAUGGUGGAUAUAAAAAUACGCGGGCUAAACUCUGGUAUUAUGUCUUUUUGUUAUCUUAUGCGUCUGAUGUGCAAGCAAAAAUUGGUCUUCUCAGCAUCUCUGUCUUUGACUCCACAGUUACUGAGUUCCUGCUCUCUGUUCAGGUGUUCCCAAUUCCACAAUCAACAGGUCUUCAUACUAGGUGACAGGAAAUGACGUCUCCUUGUUGACCUGUGUCGCUGGGAUUUGUAGUCCUUAUUCCCCCAGGGUUUACCUGACAAAUGCAUAUGUACAACACUGCUGCACCUCUGUUUAACCAGCUCAUAGUUACAGGGAAAAGAAAAGUUAGAAAGAAAAGAUCCUAAACCUGUCCGUGACGGUAUUAAUCGACAUAUUUAAGUUCAAACACUUGGGUUACCUCAGAGAUGCUCAUCUCUCUCUGCGUUCAUGUUAAACUUCAGUAUUUGCUCCUCAUUAUUCCUCACUCAUCUGUUGUCUGCCUAUCCAGGUUGGAUGAAGCAGCAGUGGCCCUGCAGAAAGAGAAGAACAUGUACAAAGAGAUUGAAAACUUCCCUAUGUGCUUCAAGGUCAGCUACUUUGUCGCGCUUGUGAUGCUUGACUCCAGUGACUUCCAGUGUAGUUUGUAUUCUGUGCAUACCACUAAUAAAAAAGUGACGUUUUUGUUUUUCACUCUUUAGAAAACAACCGCUCAAGUGCUGAUCCAUCUUCAUCGGGGGGAUUACGUUGCAGCCGAUAAAUGUGUCAGAGAAAGUUACAGGUACGUUUCAUCACAUCCUGAGACCCUUUGAGACUGUAAACCUUAAACUGCGGAUCAUCACCUGAAGUCCCUCUCUGUCUCCAUCAGUCUGCCCGGCUACAGUGGGAGUGAAGACUGCGUUGCUAUGGAGACACUACUGCAGGGCUACGAUGAGCAGGACGAAGAUCAGGUGUAUCGGGUGUGCAACUCACCUUUACUGAAAUACAUGGACAAUGAUGUGAGUACUGUCUACACAUUUACCUCUCAGUGCACUGCAGGCACAUACACUCAGCAUAUUUAUAUGCUUGUGAUUGUGGAGGCAUUUUAAUUUUAAGAUCUUUCAUUAUAUUUUACAUUGUUUCUAACUUUAAAGAGGUCCUCAUCCCUGUUAUUACUGGUUUGAUUCCCAGCCAUAAACCUUUGCUGAAACUCUCCCACACUCUCUACUUCCUAUAUUUUCUGUUUCUCUUUAGCUUUCCUAUCCAUUAAAAGCAAAAGUGCCCACAAAUUAAAGUAUUUUCUUAAAGCUCCAGUAUUUAUCUUUAAAAAAAGACAUUCUGAAUUCAUUUUAACAUCAUCUGUAUAACAGGUUUUCAUCUACAGUAUAGGAAGAGCCGUCCAAAGCUGCAAUAACAAGGUGUCAACUAAUGCUGAGGUCUGACUACUCAGUACAUAAGAGGAUCAUAGAGCCAAAACUGUGAGCUGUUUCUUGACUGAAAAAAAAAGACAAAUAUCACAGAAAAAUCAAACAUGCUAGACUCUCUGUCUGGGAGUCAGGAGGCAGCCCAGACGUGGCUUUGAUUGUGGGUUACUGUAGACACGCUACAUGAGAGAAACCAAUUUGCUUUCAGAGCCGAUGGGUCCUGACACACUACAUCUGUCUGAUUGAGCUGUAAUAGUGCGGAAAUGGUGUAGACUGACCUCAGCAUUUGGUAGGAGUGAAGGAAAUGGUCUGUAUUAAACAUCAGGAAGCAGGAAAUUCAGACCUGUCACUGAUAAAGAGUGCUGUCGCUUUUUUUAGGUGCUGUUUGUCAUUGCUAUGUUAGUUUGUGGAUUGACCCGUAUUUAUGUAAUAUUAGGAUUGCUCAUAUAAACUGCUGUGAUUAAGGUAAGAGGUCUGAAUAGAGAGUGCCUAAGCUCUUUAAAAUCUAAGAUCUGAUGACACAUUCCACAUCUUUAUUCCCUACAGUACGCCAAGCUGGCUAUUUCCCUGCGGGUACCAGGAGGCGGAGGAAAGAAGAAGAAGGCGGCUGCCCCACAAGGGGGAGCCGGUGGGGCACCUGCACCUGCUGAAGAGGAGGAUGACUACGAGGGAGGACUGUGCUAGCCUUCAUUCCUGCAGAGUGCCGCCUCUAACCACCAAGACACCAUCUGUUAAAACCUUUAAGAACCCAGAUGUUUGGCUGUUUGAUCUCUCAUUGUGAAAAUAAAAGAAUAUAUAUUAUAAUUUAGAAAAACAGUUACUGUUGGUGUUGCAGAAAAGUCAACUCAAAUUGAAGCAGCCUUUUCAUUUGUGUUUAUUUGAGGUGGAUCCUCAGUGUAAUGACAAAUCUUAAUGUUGAAAAAUGUAUCAAAGCCUGUUGUUUGUACAUGUUUUAUUAUUUCUUGUCUCUGUGAAGCUGUAAAUGAUGCUGUUAUUGUCUGUGAGUAGUGUCUAAAAGCGGUGCAGGUAUAUUGAGAUCAUAAACACUCUAAAUAGUGCAUAUAUAGCUGAUAAGUUGAUGUAUAGGUGUUUAUUUGUACAGAGUUAAUUUAUUCAGUAUUCAUGGCUCGGCCUGUUGAAACAUGACUGGAAAAAUAUGCAAUCAGCUUGUAAAUGCAUGUUUGGAAAAACUCUACACUUAUCUGAUUCAAGGUUCUGAAUCUACGAAUAUUAAAGCAGAGAAAUAAUUGGCAGUGUUGUCCUCAGCUUCAGCUCUUAUUCAACAAGUCAAGCAAAUGACAGUGAAACUCCUGAUUUCAGACUGUUUCCAUUUGUCUACCUCGGGGUUUGUUGAUUUACACCUUAAUCUACAAAUUAAUUAUGCCUGUGUCUUUAUAUCCAAUUUUCAUAGUAUAAUCCUAUGAUUAAAGGGACUGUGUGGAGAUGUUCCCAGUGCAUUUUCCCUUUUAAGAGUACUUUGUAAAUGCUGAUUUGGUGUGUUUGUGAUUUUCUUUUUGCUCAGAAAUCCUCCACUAAGCUAAGAUCAAUUACACACCAGUUUAAAGACGGGUUAUGUCGCCACAUUAUUAAAGGUUAUAAAGGGAUUGUUUAUUUUUUUCUGCUGUCGCCCACUUCCUGAAUAUUCCUUGAAAGCAUAUCUUCAAACACUGCACAUGUAUCAAUAAACAUUUCCAGUGUGUGGCA